UUGCAGCAAUGUACUACAUUGAAUAACAAUGACAAUCGUUUUAAGCAGUGACUUCCUCACCUGUUAAAGAAACACAGUCGCUUACAGCCAUACUUCAACAAACUGACCGUCCUGAAACAGCAGUGACCACACCUUGUUUAGAGGCACCAGCUGGCAUGCCAGAAAACUUCAGUUGCAGCUACCCCUUUUGCUGUUACGAAGACGAGAAAAGCAGCCCUGUCGCUGAUGAAGUAUUCCCCAUAGUUCAACAAGCUCUACCUGAAGAUACAGUUAAUGCAUCAGUUUUUCAGUCCCCAGGAUGUGAAGCAUUUAACAAUGAUGAAGAUGAUGAUAUACAGAACGCAACAUGUUUUACUGGCAUAGCUUUAGCAUUUUCUCAUGUUUGUUCUCAUUGUGCAGUCUUCAUUAAAGGAUCAUUUCUCCGCGCGGUAUCCUACUUCCUUCGGCGGUGUCAGAUAGAGAACUCUCUUCCUGCUCCUUGCAUGACCGACCCUCAUGAAAUGCCGAAUGAACAAACAGAAGAUGUAAUGAAGAGCCCACCCAGAAAGGCAAAAUGCUCUUUUUCAAGCACCGCGGAAGUUCCUUCACAGCCAUCUCAAGGGCAAGCAGAAGAUGUACCAAACACUUCCACCGCUGAGUGUCUCUCUCAUCUUCACACAGUAGAUAUUCCUUCAAGGAUCGAUCUAGCAGGGGAUAGAUUUUCAACCACGGAACCAGCUACAAAUCUUUCUCUAACUGCAGUGGCUUCUGAAACUGGUGCUGACCCAUUAGACCCAGUGUCCCAGCUAAUUGGCACUGCACAAUAUCUGUCUGCCUCUGCUGUUAAUGUCACUGCAACAGAAGAGUCCGUGGAGAUCAUGUCUCUAAUGGAGGACACUCCUUCCUUGCGAGCAAGACCACGGCCUACUGAGGCAAUUCCUUCAGAGCAGAGUACGUCUUCCUCUCAUGCUCAGACAGAAGAAAGAGGGAUUGUUUAUGCACCAACAAAUCCAAAGAGUUCUAACAACUGCAAAACUCGGGACAAAGAGGGCCAGGAUUUAGAUGUUCAUUCACAACAACAGAAAAACCCCGAACAUCAGGACACUGUUGACACUGCCAAAUAUUGUUGGUACCAUCCAAGUAAUGUUGAAUCAGUUUGGCAAAUCAGUGAGAAAGAGAAGAAAAACAGAAACCUAGAAAUGGAAGACAGCAAAGAGCCAGAAGAAACAGAAUCUGUGUACCUGCCAUCAUGUUCAGAGAGCUCUACCAGUUGCAAAGCUGACAAUAAAGAUUGCCAGGAUUUAGACGUCCCUUCACAGCAACAGAAAAACGUGCACUGUCAGGAUACUGUUGACACGGCCACGUACUACUGGCAAGAUCUCAGAAAUGUUGAAUUGCAUUGGCAAAUCAGUGAGCAAGAGAAAAGAAACAGAAUCCUAGAAAUGGAAGGCAGCAAAAAGCCAGGUGAUAAGACGAACUUGCCAAGAAAGAAGACGAGGAAGAUGAGGUGGAAGAAGAAGGCAGCGAAGAGGAAACAAAGAGGAAUGAGAAGUUAGAAGCAGAAGACACAACCAAAACUCAGACCGAAGAUUGAGGACAGAAGACUGACUGCUAAGAACAUCAAGAUCGUUAAUCAUAAACGUCUUGAUUUGUGACACAGAAUUAAGACAGAGUUUGAUAUAAAU